AUGUACUGUGUAAAGUGUUUCUCCAGCUAUGGUUUAACUGGCUCUCUUGUGUGUGCAUAUUACUUGUAUGAUGAAGGGUCUAUAAUAGUUUUUAUUGAGGGUUUUGUGUGGGGUUGGUUUUUUUUUCCCUCCAGAGCCCAUCUCGGUCUGAAAAGCCACAUUAUUCCAUGCUUGGAACUUUUUAAGAGAGGACUGACUGAAGGAUAUUGCAUAAUGCUGCAGGCUUGCAGCUCUGUGGUUGGAUGCAGUUCCUAUUUCUACCCUGCUAUGGUGGUACCUAGCACACACAUAGAGAAUCUGUUUUCAAUUGUGAAGAGAUCAGUUUCAGAUGUCUGUGCAACUUGCCACAUUCAUGCUACCUGUCACCAAAUUGAAGGAAAAAGUGUCUGCAUCUGUAACUAUGGAUUUGUAGGCAAUGGAAGAACCCAUUGUCAAGAUAAAGAUGAAUGCCAGAUUGGAGCCAGCAAGAUCUGUGGAAAUCAUACACUGUGUCAUAAUACACAUGGAAGUUUUUACUGUGUUUGCCUUGAUGGAUACCGAGCCUCCAACAACAACAAGACAUUUAUUCCCAAUGAUGGCACGAACUGUACAGAUAUAGAUGAAUGUGAGGAGUCUGGGCUGUGUGGUCACAAUGCAAGAUGCGUGAAUACUGAAGGAAGCUACAAGUGUUACUGCAAUGAUGGUUAUAAAUUAGAAAAUGGAGAGCAUUUUUUUCAUCCAGAUGGUAACAUAGUUUCAUGCAAAGAAAUUGGAUGUAGUUCCCCUCCUGAAAUGAAGCAUGGCUACAUUGUGGGGAACUACAGCUUGCUACCAGGAAGUGCGGUUCAUUAUGAAUGUAAAGAAGGAUUUUACAGCAACGAGGGAAAGUUAUCAUAUUGCACUGCGAAUGCAACUUGGGAACCUGCCACUUUAAGCUGUAAAGGUGUGGAUUGUGGGUUUCCACCUUCUGUUUUAAAUGCACGUCCAGCAUCUCUAAGUGGGACCACGUACGGAAGUGAAGUUACUUACAAUUGUGUUCAUGGUUACUUUAUUGCAAGCGGCAAUCAGACUGCAGUCUGCAAUGCUAGAGGGCAGUGGGAUCGUACUGAUUUGGUGUGCAAAGAAAUAGACUGUGGCAAACCUUUGCUGAUUCCACACACAGAAAUGAUGUGGCACAACUCUACCACUCUAUGGAGCAGAGUGUACUAUCAGUGUAAAGAAGGAUAUUAUUUUAAUGGAGACAGGAAUUUUUCAGAAUGCACAAUAGAUCAGUCAUGGGAGAAUAUUACAGACAUAUGCAAAGAGGAGGAAUUAUUCAGUAAUUUGUCCAUAUUCAAUGAAACGUGUGUGAAGUGGCAAAGGAAAACUGGAAGACCGGGAGUGCAGGAAACAUACACAUUUCACAUACUGGGCCAAAGAUGGGAUGAGAAGACGUUCUCAGAAGAUGCGAUAUUUAACAUCACUACAAGUGAAGAUAAUCCAAAGGUGUGUUUAGAUCUCAACUCUGGCAGUAACUACGUGGUGAAUAUUACUACCACCUCUUCCACACACAUCACUGUCUCAGUUACAGUAGCAGUUCAAACGAAGGUAAAGGAAGCUUUCAAUAAUGUAUUAAUUUUUAAUGAUACCUGCUUGAAAUGGCGGAGAAAUGUCAGGGGAACUGAUGUGGAAGAUAGAUACUCAUUUCAUGUGCAAGGCCAGCGUUGGUAUCAGAAGGAGUUCUUUCAUGAAAUGACCUUCAACCUUACCACACACAAGCAGGCUCCGGAAGUUUGUUUUGAUUUGCAGCCAGGAACCAAUUACUCUGUUAAUAUUUCCAUGAAUUUGAAUUUUUCACUGCUCGUUUCCAUGACAACACAAAUCAGAGAUCCCCCUUUCCCAGAUGUAGAAUUUGUUGCAGUAAAAGGUCCUGCACCCUUGCUCACGCUCCGUAAAGCAGAAGAUCGAAAUGGACCGAUCAGUCUUUAUCAAGUGAUUGUGCUUCCUCUGGGUUUGCAAAGCACUUUUAUUUGUGACUCCUUUGCUGCUGCAACUUUCUUUAGUAACACCACUGAUGUUAAAGGAUAUGUGGCAGCUGAAUUUCAGGCGAAGGAUGUUGCUGAUAACAUGUCAAUUGCUCUGGGAGACAGACAUUACUACGGGAAGUUUUAUAAUGCUCCUUUAAAGCUGGGAGAAGAGUAUUGUGUUUUUUUGAGAAUAAUAAGUGAGUGGAAUAAGGUGAGAACACAGUCCUGUGCUGUUUGGGCACAAAUUAAAAAUUUAUCACCCAGUCUGCAAUACAUGACUGCUGUUGGAUUAGGGUCAGUUGCUGCUGUCUGCCUUAUACUGUUCCUGUCGUUCUCAGCAGCACGCUCUUAUCUGCACAGCACAGUGCACUCCCCGCCUGCUGCUUUAGCCUACGAGGCUGUACAUUUAUCUUCUACAACGGACGUGGCACAAACGGGGAUUACAUCAUUGUUCCUAGAGACUGAAAAUGUGUCUCGUCUCUGA